GACACAACAAUUAAAGAAGCCGUCGGAAUUAAUUAGCAGACAGCGGCGAGAAGAGAAGACCCGUAUCAAGACUACAACAGGGUUUAUGACUGACCAAGUGCUUUUCUUGACAAAGAAGGGGAGGGUGCUCUUUAAAGCUGUACUGUUAUAGGUGAAAGAAUGUACGAGUGGGUGGUGGUGCAUAAUAAUUUGGGGAGACGGAGAGAUGAGCGAGCGAAGCCGUACUAGGAGUAGAAUGUUUGAUGAUCAAAUGGCAGUGGUGCUCGGGAAGCUUGGAGACGACGAUCCUUGUGAUCAGGAGGAGGAGGAGGAGGGCCAAAGCACGUUGUUGGACCGGUACGAGAGGCUCUCCUUCGAGGUUCAUUUGAAACAGGCCAUGCUGGGGAGGAGUCUGUCUGAGCCAUCAUCAUCUGCUGUGGCCAGGACAAGGGCAGCUGGCAGUGGCGCGGCCCAAAAGGGCAAACAAGGUGGUGCAGCGGCCGGACACCGUAAGUCUGCAAUUCACAGAGUUGUCAGGAUGCUGAUCAAGCCAUUAGUUGUGGGCACGAGCAGGGUGUUUGCGAGAAAGGAUGGUGUUCGGUCGUCGUCAACUCCGGUCGUACAAGGGAAAGACCACCGCAGUUGGUGCUUGCAAAUGUGUAUGGAUCAGCGCUUAAACAGAGGGGUGGUGCCACCGAGAAAGCUGCUUCUGUAAUUCGAGUGGAACCGAGCCACAGGCCUGGCGCUUCUCAUCCACAUAAACAAAUUUCCAUAAAAAUGUCAGCAGCCAGCGCUUGGUCGUCUUAACUCGUCGAUUCAGAAUGAAAAUCAGAGGUCACCUCUU